AUGAGUACCGGCAUUCCCUUAAGCUCUGUGGUUAAUGCGCUUGGCUUGGCCACAACUACCCGAAUUGAUGAUCUCCCCAACUUUAUAUUGGCGGAAAUCCUUGCUCGACUUCCUCGCAAAAAAACAGUAUUUCGAGCCAAGUGUGUGUCCAGGCGUUGGUUGAGUCUCCUCUCAGACCCUUAUUUUGUUAGGACCUUUUUAAGUCUCCAAGGCGUUGAUGAAGGAAAUGCAUUUAUAGGUGCAGGUAUUCUUGUUGUUUUGCCCUUCCCUAAGAAUAAACUCAGACCCAAACUUGAAGUCCAUGCGCAUCCGGUAGUCAAAACAAAAGAAAGCCAUUUCUCUCUGGAUUUCCUCCCAUGUUUUCAAGAAGAGAAAGAACGAGAGGUUCGACUAUUGGUGGCAGGAACAUAUAAUGACUUGGUUUUGUGCUGCAAAAGCUACAGAACCUACGAGGAGGAUGGGGAGAUUUACUCCAUCCGUAAUCCUUACUACAUCUGUAAUCCAUAUACGAAGCAGUGGGUUGCUCUUCCUCCGAACCAUCUCAGAGUCCCCUUCGGCUGUGGAACACUUGUGGGAUUCAUCUGUGAACCAUACUUUAGGUACUCUGCAGAUGGCAAAGAAGAACAAACUAGUAGUAUCACCCUUAAUGCCGAGUAUAGGUGGAGUGUUGUGCAAAUGGUAAUUUGUUUUCUAUCAUCAACGCUUGAAUUACAUAUGGAGAUCUUCUCUUCCGAGACUCGACAGUGGAAGCAAUUGGUUGUACAAUGCCCACCAAGCUUUAUAUGUUUGGGUGCUGGUUCGGAGGUCGUUGCUUACAAUGGAAUGUUGUAUUGGUUGUUAGGUGCUAAUAAUAAUAUUGUUGAUUUGGAUCCAAUGUUCAGUAGUGAUGUUAUUGAUCAAUGCCGUUUUGGUAUCAACGGCACCAUAUAUACAUACAUGUGUCUAGGUGUUUGCGGCGGACGUCUGCGGAUGUGCCAGAGGGAUUUUGUAGGUAAGCAGGAUUUUGUAGGUAACCGUCACCUAAGUGUUUGGGAGUGGAAAGAAGAGGUGGAUGACAAUGGAUGCAAGAUGCAAAAAUGGUGCUUGAUAGUUGACCGUCUUUCCAUCAACCAGCUGGUUUUAAAAUAUCCUUUGAUCUCUGAAAAUAAAUUGCCGUAUGGUAGGAAGUUUCAGGUGCUAGGUUUUCACCCAUACAAUGAGGAUGCGGUGUUUUUGGAGACUGAGCACCCAAAUUGCAUUGCUCUGUGCAAUAUGCGCGAAAGAACCCUAGAGAUGGUUUCAGAAUUUGAUCCUAAGAUCAAUUUGGAAAGCUGGUUUGGAAGUUGGUUUCGCUCUGCGUGUUUGGGAAGCAGAAACGUCUACCCAUAUGUGAUCCCGUGGUUGCCUACACCUGUCCCUAAACUCUAG